AUGUCAUUUGCAAGGCACUUGUCAACAUCCACUCGCCACCAAAUCAACAAAAAGCCCUUGCUGCGCCCUUGGUUCUAUCAUCACAAAUACCAGGACUCGCCUGCUAAUGGCGAGUUUGAUUACAACAGUGGAAAGGGAGACUAUUUCUUUGGAAAGCCAUACUUCGUGCACAACAAGGCGAAAGACAUCUUCUACGAGCAAAUUGGCUGGAUCAAUUCAACCCAUACUUCCGUCAAAGUAGUCUUGCUCAAGGAUUUAGUCUACGAAACUGACGAAGAAGGAACCCAAGCAUCGGGCACUGUUGGCGAUGUUAUUUCGCUAACAAAGGAUAUGGGCCGAGCGAUGGUCAACAAUCUUGAUGCUCUUUAUGCGACGCCUGAAAAUAUAAAAUUCGUCGAAAGCACGACCGAUUCGACCGGUCAAACCAAAGAACAACUUGCUUUGAAGAAGAAGUAUUCCUGGCUUGAACUUGCGGACUUAUUCAUUGAUUUCAAAGCAGGAUCCGGCUGGACGGUGACAGAAGAGACUAUCGCACGAAGACUUCUUGUCUGUAAUAAAAUUGUUGUACCAGCGGAAAAUAUAACUGUUCUCGACGAUUCACUCGUCAGGCUCGGCGAUGUGGAGCCAAGGGGCGUUUUGAAAAUAUCUAUUGCUUAUGAUGGAAAUGUCUCUUCCAUAGAAAAGUCUAUUGAAAUUUGCCCCGCUGAAUAA